ACGACGAUAUAUCAUACGUUCGCUAAUUUCUUACCACCGCAGGCCUGGAGCACUUGAAACUGGACGUGAUGCUCAUGCACGGCGAGCUCUCGGCGGUUAAGCUGGAGACUGCCUGGUGCGUCGUGGUCCCCGUUACAUUGGCCGUGACCCUGCUGACGAGCCUGCUGUCCGGCUGCAGCUCCCUUCGACUGGGUCCCAUCCAGUUCCCGGUGCACGUGUGCUACGUCGGCUGGAGCCUCGUCAUCGUCGGCGCACUGCAGGUGCCCUUGUGGGCGGUGCUGGAGGCCAUACGAAACCAAGCCAAACUGGAGCAGUGUCUCGUUCCCGUGUCAACCAUGGAACUGGGUCUGACGGCCAUGUCCAGCUCGGAGCCGGUGCAGUCGCCCAUGGCACACCGUCGCUUCUGACGCUCGCUGUGAGACGCGUGGGCACACCGGACUUGACCGACGACUUUGGAGAUAUAUAGUUUCGUUAUUUGUGGGUGACAGAGCAAUAAAAGAGCUCGCAUCGGUAAUGUUCUUUUUAA